AUGGGAUUUUCUAAGGCAGAAUCUGACAACUCAUUAUUCAUUAGAAAUAGUAAUGCUGGUUUCAUGUUUAUUUUGGUAUAUGUUGACGACAUAAUAGUAACUGGAAGCAACUCCAUCACCGUCAAUGAAGUUAUAGCCCCUCUUGCCUCUCGCUUCUCCAUUAAAUAUUUGGGAAAUCUCAGUUAUUUUCUUGGUGUUGAGGUGGUUCAAAAUGCUGAUGACAUUAUUCUCUCGCAAGCCACUUAUAUCAAUGAAAUUCUGAAUGAUGAGUUGAUGGUUGAUUGUAAGAGCGCAAACACACCGAUAAGUGCUUCUGAGUUGCUCAAACUCAAUGAUGGGGCUCUGUUAACUGAUGCGACUCGCUACCGUCGAGUCUUGGGCAGACUUCAAUAUCUUUCAUUUACAAGGUCGGACAUUUCCUAUGUAGUCAACAAAUUAUCCCAAUUUAUGCAAUCACCAUCUAAUCUUCACUGGAAAGUUGUGAAGCGAGUUCUUAGGUACCUUCAUGGUACGAUCAAGUUUGGCCUACGUGUAUCCCCGAAUUUUGAUUUCAAUUUGCGUAUGUACUCUGAUGCGGACUGGGCUGGAGAUCUCACUGAUAGAUCCUUCACAUCCAGCUAUAUUCUGUUUCUUGAUAGCAAUCCUAUCAGUUGGUCCUUUAAAAAGCAAAAGAUUGUAGCUCGCUCAUCAACUGAAGCUGAAUAUAGAGUUGUUGCCAAUGCACUCACCGAACUACUGUGGGUCAGAAACCUACUACUUGAGAUGUGA